AUGGGUUUGACAGGAGAUGCUUACUCCUCCAUGGCACAGUAUCCAACCUCUACAGAAGGAAUAACUCUUUAUGAACCAACAUUUACCAGUGAAUGGAUCACCGUAAAAGCUCAAGAUGACAAUAAGUGUGAAUUCUACGUCCCUUUUCUGGAUGGUUUUAAAACAACAACCAGACCUGUCAAAGUAAUAGUUGAAGUAAAAGUCGAAGAUGGUGGAGAAUCGUUCAUCUUUAACGCUUUCGGUUCCUCGCCACGAGAUGAUGACAAAAAUGAGAAAUAUGGCGGGGUUGUUUAUUUCUACAAUGCUAGUGGUGUGCUAAUUUUCUUGCCAAACAAGUAUAAUAAAGCUGAUGACGGGAAAGCUGUAUAUCUGGAAAAGGACGUUUGGUACCAACCAACCUCUCAUUCAAACGAGAAAAUUAAAAAUGAAUUUGUUGAUGCGGAAGUUCGAGUAAAGAUGUGGCGAUAUGACGAUUUGCCCCCACAGUACGAUUCUGGUUUCAUAUACACAAUAAAAUCAAGACAUCAAGGUAAAAUAGGAAUGUGA